AGCUUUGCUGCAGGAUUUAAAAUACGGAAUCGUAUGCUUUUGAUAAAUACGUUGAGAAAAUGGCCGAUGUGUUGCAAGUAACGAAGGAAGAUGAAGAAGAAUUUGAGAUUGACGAAGAAGGCGAUCAAGGCUUACAGAAGUUAAAAGAAAAGGCUAAAAAGCGCAAAGGAAGAGGAUUUGGUGGAGAGGGUCCAACACGUAGUGGUGUUGAUCAUUAUGAGGCUAUGGAAGUUGACCAUGAUGAUUCAGAAGGCCCUGGACCUCAGAGAUCCGUUGAAGGUUGGAUUCUCUUUGUAACUGGUGUUCAUGAAGAAUCACAAGAGGAUGAUAUUUAUGAAAAAUUUGGAGAGUAUGGUGAAAUUAAGAACCUGCAUCUGAAUCUUGAUAGAAGAACUGGUUUUCUCAAAGGGUACGCCCUUAUUGAAUAUGAAACAUUCAAAGAAGCUCAGGCUGCAAUGGAGGCUCUCAAUGGCAAAGAAAUUCUUGGACAAAAAAUAAAUGUUGAUUGGGCUUUUGUCAGAGGUCCUAGAAAAGACAGAUCAAAGCGUGAUGACAGAAGGAGGCGGAGGUAGAUCAAGGCAGUAAUCUUCUUUUACCUGUACAGAUUGUUUUUUUUUUAAGUCUCACAACUUAAUCAUUUCAUCAUGCAAUCAUCAACCUGUAACCAUUUCGACAUUUUAUUUUUAAUUGGUGUUAAUAAACAAGUCAAAACUGAAA